GAGUUCGCAAGUCCGACCAAGGAAAGACCGUAUCGUGUCAUUGAUCUUGGGCGAGAAUUAUCGAUACCAUUUGUCAGCCUUCGUAGAUUUCAGACUCGUGCUGUUGUGUUUGCCACUCAAUCAUUAUCACUGUUUGCUCUUGCUUACAAUUAGGCUGGUCAUGACUUUUCAAUCCGUAGUCUUGAAGGCAGCUCGAGCUAGAUGCUUCUCUUCGCACUUACAGUUAGCGAGAGCUACUUCAUCGUGCCGUUGUUCCUUGAGCACCUCGGCUUCCGACGAUUUGGCCACACGGCAUGCCGUCGCUCCGCUGCACGCUCCCGUCACGGCUCUUACCGAAGACGAAAGCAUGAUUCGCGACGUGGCACGCCAAUGGGCGAACGAUGGGCUCCGUCCGGUGGUCCGGAAAAUGGAUAGGGAAGGAUCUCUCGAUCCAGAUAUUCUCUCUAGUUUGUUUGCACAAGGAUUCAUGGGCAUGGAAAUACCACCCGAGCACGGGGGAAGUGGUCUUUCGUUUACGUCCGCAUGCUUGGUCGUAGAAGAAAUAUCACGGGUCGAUCCGUCCGUUGCCAUCUUGGUGGACAUUCACAACACGCUCACGAACAAUGCGAUUCGGUUUUGGGGAUCCGAAUCUUUGCGCAAUACGUGGCUGCCGCGACUCGCAACGGACACGGUAAGCUCCUUCUGUCUAAGCGAGGCAGAAAGUGGGAGUGACGCAUUCGCCCUGAAAACAACUGCGAUACCAACGUCUUCUUCGGAAUACGUUUUGAACGGCACAAAAUUGUGGAUUUCCAAUGCUGCCCAGGCCGGUGUCUUUCUUGUCUUUGCCAAUGCCAAUCCAGCUGCUGGCUACAAAGGUAUAACAGCUUUCAUGGUGGAUGCGAAAACGGAAGGAAUAAGCGUUGGGCCGCCCGAAUCUAAGCUAGGUUUGCGUGCGUCGUCCACCUGUCCGAUUACUUUUGACGACGUCAAAGUUACUACGGAUGAUAUAUUGGGCCAAGUCGGAAUGGGUUACAAGUACUGUAUCAAUAUAUUAAACGAAGGCCGCAUUGGUAUCGCAUGUCAGCAAAUUGGAAUUGCCAAAGGAUGUUUGGAUAUUGUCAUGCCAUAUUUGAAAGAGCGGCAACAGUUUGGUAGAGCAAUUGCCGAUUUUCAAGGCGUCCAAUUUCAAGUUGCCAUGGCCGCGACGGAACUACACGCCGCCGAAGUCAUGACAUACAACGCGUGUCGUUUGAAGGAGGCAAAUUUACCGUUUGUCAAGGAGGCAAGUAUGGCCAAACUCUACUCGAGCAAAGUGUCUGAGAAGGUUGCAAGCUUGACCAUUGAACUUUUGGGUGGCAUUGGUUUUACACAAGAUUUGUUGGCCGAAAAGUUUUAUCGCGAUUGCAAAGUUGGUUCGAUUUAUGAAGGCACUUCCAAUAUGCAGUUGCAAACCAUUGCCAAACUCUUGUUUGCCGAUUUCAAGUAG